AUGAGUUCAUCAGAAACCAGGUUUUUUCAAGAACUGGUUCUCUACGCCGCAAACGCUGCUUUGAGCUGCUUGGUUUUGUUCGCGGGGCUCCGACAUCUCGACCCGAACUACGAAGCGACCAAGAAAGCAGCUCAACACAAGAAGGACAUUGCAAAGCGUUUGGGCCGACCUCGUAUCCAGACCAAUCCCUAUGAGGAUGUUAUAGCCUGUGAUGUGAUCAAUCCUGACCAUAUUGAUAUAAGAUUUGACUGUAUUGGAGGAUUGGAAGCCAUUAAACAGGCAUUGUAUGAAUUAGUUAUUCUUCCAUUACGAAGACCUGAACUGUUUUCUCAUGGAAAGCUUCUUGGUCCACAAAAAGGUGUCUUGCUGUAUGGGCCCCCUGGGACUGGGAAGACUAUGCUCGCCAAAGCAAUUGCAAAAGAGUCAGGAGCUGUGUUCAUCAAUGUGAGAAUAUCAAAUCUGAUGAGCAAAUGGUUUGGGGAUGCACAAAAACUAGUCGCUGCUGUGUUUAGCCUGGCACAUAAACUCCAGCCGGCAAUUAUUUUCAUUGAUGAGGUGGAUAGUUUUUUGGGCCAGCGCAAGACUACAGACCAUGAAGUACUAACUAAUAUGAAGACAGAAUUUAUGGCUUUGUGGGAUGGUUUCACAACAGACCACAAUUCUCGGGUGAUGGUACUUGCUGCGACUAAUCGUCCUUCAGAACUUGAUGAGGCAAUUCUCCGUCGUCUUCCUCAAGCGUUUGAAAUUGGGAUUCCUGAUCGUAGGGAGAGGUCACAGAUAUUGAAGGUGAUUCUGAAGGAUGAGAGUGUUGAAGAUGACAUUGAUUACGACCAUAUAGCUGGUCUUUGUGAUGGAUACACUGGCUCGGAUCUUAUUGAGCUCUGCAAAAAAGCUGCUUACUUUCCUAUCAGGGACCUGCUCGAUGAUGAGAAGAAUGGAAAAUCAUCUUCGGUGCCAAGGCCAUUAUCGCAGUUGGAUUUGGAGAAAGUCAUCUCUAAAACAGCCAAUACGAAAGUUGCUGCAAGCGAAUAUUCCAAAUUAAGUUCACAAUCACCAACAUGGCCAGGGCAUAGGGAUUCAGACGAUUAUCAAGUUCAAGCAGCCAUUAAUGAGGACAAUUCUCGGGUGAUGGUACUUGCUGCGACUAAUCGUCCUUCGGACCUUGAUGAGGCAAUUCUCCGUCGUCUUCCUCAAGCGUUUGAAAUUGGGAUUCCUGAUCGUAGGGAGAGGUCACAGAUAUUGAAGGUGAUUCUGAAGGAUGAGAGUGUUGAAGAUGACGUUGAUUACAAUCAUAUAGCUGGUAUUUGUGAUGAAUACACAGGUUCAGAUCUUCUUGAGCUCUGCAAAAAUGCUGCUUACUUUCCUAUCAGGGACCUGCUCGAUGAUGAGAAGAAUGGAAAAUCAUCUUCGGUGCCAAGGCCAUUAUCGCAGUUGGAUUUGGAGAAAGUCAUCUCUAAAACAGCCAAUACGAAAGUUGCUGCAAGCGAAUAUUCCAAAUUAAGUUCACAAUCACCAUGGCCAGGGCAUAGGGAUUCAGACGAUUAUCAAGUUCAAGCAGCCAUUAAUGAGGCCGUGAUCGCCUUUUUCAUCGUCGACUCAGAUAACUCACUCUCCGAUCUUCUUAAAGAUCCGAUCCGAGUCUUCCAUCUCCGGUCUCAGUUUUGGAUUGGAUCGGGGUUGAAUCGCUAUGAAUUUUAUAAUUGGAGCUUUUAA